AUGUUUCAUUUUGUUUCAAAGGUGUGUUCAAAUCCAAAAUGGCAUGCACGUCGAGCUGCUAUUGAAUUUGUACAAAAUAUGAUCUUUUGUAAUUUAUUCAAUGCUCGACCAUAUGCACAACGAUUACGACAACUUGUUUUUAAAUGUUUAUUUGAUGAACAAUUUGAAGUUCGAACAGUUGCAUCGGUUAGUUUAUCAGGAUUUUAUCAAUGUGGAUAUAUUCAAAUUAAUAAUGAUGAUCUUAAAUAUUUUCGUGUAAUGAGUAAAACAAGUUAUUUUACAAAAGUUGAUGGAAAAAAAAUAACAUCAGCAAAAAAUAUUGUUAAAAGACAUGGAGGUGUUCUUGGUCUUUGUGCAAUUGUUUUAUCAAGUCCAUAUGAUAUUCCAAAUCAUGUACCUGAAGCAUUGAUGUUACUUUGUGAACAUUCACAUGAUCCUGAUCUAAUUCAAACAUUUAUGGCUACCGGAAUCGAUGUUGAAAACGAUCCUGAUGCCCAUGGAGAAAGUGAUGAUAAUGUGUCUGAUGACGAGGAUUGGCCACGAAGAACUAAAAGCGGGAUACGCCGAUACCCAGAUAUACCUAUGGAUGGCAAAUAUACUCGUCCAUUAGAUUUUUAUAGGCACACUGUUGGUUAUGGUGAUGGUGGUUGUUUAGACCUAGACUAUCCGAUUUGGUUAUGUGGUGCUAUUUCUGAACAUAUCAGUGAUGCCAACACUGACGUAAGAAAGCAACUAUUAGAAGUAUUUUAUAAAAUGAAUGAAGAAAGAAAAGACUUUCAUAAAUAUCCACUGCCUGUCGAAGAUAUUAUUGAUCCUGACCUGUUGGUUUCUAGACCGGUAAAGCCGCGAUCACCACCAUCACCUGAUCCCAAAAAUAAUGACGAACACAAUAUCUUUAAUUAUGGUAUACUUUUUAAUCCAGAUAAAAAAUGGAAUUUUGAUCCAUCCUCCCUGCGGGGAACAAACUAUUCUGGUCGUUGGCAUACUGAAGGUUGUAGUGAAAAUAUACAGGCAGUUGGCGUUUACUACUUGCAUAUUGAUGAUUUACUUGAAGGUGGUGCAUUGAAAUUUCGUCCGUUAGCAGCACCAGCAGAGUCUUAUGCUGAUUGUUGGAAUAUUGAAGUCAAUCGAUACAUGAUGCCAAAAACCGACGUGGCAGUUGUAUUUGACAACUGUUUGCCCCAUCGUUUCUGUUCAAUUCGUAACUCAACAUCAAUUGCUCGUCGCCGUACGUUUAUAAAUUUUUUUGUUGUAUCUCCAACUUAUCCAAUACAUGACAUAUCAAUUUUGGAUUUGCCAUUGGUUAGCUGUGAGCAAUGUGAAUAUUUAUUGAAAAGUAUUGCUGAUGAGAGCCAUCGACAGAAACUACCAGAUUUAGUUAUCAAUAAGAUUCUCUCCUUUUUGAAGAAACAGAUGUGGACUACAGAAACGGAUGCAAAAGAAUUUCGUUCAAGAGUACGAUACGAAAUGGUACAUGAGAAGAGUGGCUGGAGUGGUAUUCAGUAUGGAAAUACUGGUGAUAUUAUUUUUAUUAAGUCAACCGAUGACUUGAAGCAAUUGGGAAAGAUCAGCGCCUACGAGGACUUAAGCCGCCAUCCGUACCAUACCGAAUCCGAAUAG